CAAAGCGAGACCAGUGCGAAAAAUUCACCGAAAGCUAGUCCAGACUGCUUCCUGGCCCGUUUUGUAGAGGAAGUUGUCUCCGAGCACCCCGACGUGCACGGAGAGGAGGGGAUUUUCUUUCUUUGCACAACUGCCCCGACAUUUGCACACGAACUGGGCGGGUGAAGUUUUCUGCGUGAUUGAGGAGCUUCUCGGUGUUUAAGUGUUAUUAGGGAGCAGCAGCACACCGCGUCGUGCCACACGGGAGGAGAGGAGAGAGGGCAGAAGUUUCCGCUGGCUUGUUUUGUCGCUGCGCGGCUGCUAAAUCCACAGGAAUGUCGCAGAAGGAGAGACCCACUUUCUACCGACAGGAGCUCAACAAAACCGUGUGGGAGGUCCCGGAGCGGUACCAGAACCUGUCUCCAGUCGGCUCCGGUGCUUACGGAUCCGUAUGUUCGGCGUAUGACGAGAAGUCAGGCCUGAAGAUAGCAGUGAAGAAGUUGUCCAGACCCUUCCAGUCCAUCAUCCAUGCAAAGAGAACCUACAGAGAGCUGCGGCUGCUCAAACACAUGAAGCACGAGAAUGUGAUCGGACUAUUAGAUGUUUUCACACCAGCGACAAGCUUAGAGGAAUUCAAUGAUGUGUACUUGGUGACCCACCUAAUGGGUGCAGACCUCAACAACAUCGUCAAGUGUCAAAAGCUGACAGAUGACCACGUCCAGUUUCUCAUCUACCAGAUUCUCAGAGGCUUAAAGUACAUCCAUUCUGCAGAUAUCAUCCACAGAGACUUGAAGCCCAGUAAUCUGGCUGUAAAUGAAGACUGUGAGCUCAAGAUCCUGGACUUUGGUUUGGCACGGCACACAGAUGACGAGAUGACGGGCUACGUAGCCACGCGGUGGUACCGAGCCCCAGAGAUCAUGCUCAACUGGAUGCACUACAACAUGACAGUGGAUAUCUGGUCGGUGGGCUGCAUCAUGGCUGAACUACUCACUGGACAGACGCUCUUCCCUGGCACAGACCACAUUGAUCAGUUGAAGCUUAUUAUGACGCUCGUCGGAACCCCAGGGCCCGAGCUCUUGAUGAAAAUCUCUUCGGAGUCUGCGAGGAAUUACAUUAACUCACUUGCCCACAUGCCCAAGAGGAACUUCGCUGAUGUGUUUAUUGGUGCCAAUCCUCUCGCGGUGGACUUGCUAGAGAAAAUGCUGGUGCUGGACACAGACAAACGUAUCACGGCAUCUGAGGCUCUGGCCCACCCGUACUUUGCCCAGUACCAUGAUCCAGACGACGAGCCCGAAGCGGAGCCUUACGACCAGAGCUUCGAAAGCCGCGAGCUGGAAAUUGAGGAAUGGAAGAGGUUAACCUACGAGGAGGUACUCAGUUUUGAGCCACCGUCGUUCGAUGGAGAUGAGAUGGAAUCCUGAGGAGGAGGCACCUUUUCUUCCAUCUUUUUGUUUUCCAGGAAACACUCUUUAAAGACUAUCAGUCUCUUGUGACUAUCCACCACUUUUUUCACACACACACACACACACACACACACACACACACACACAGAACCAUGACAUUCAAGUGCCUGCCGUCAUUCAUCUCCGGGGGACGUUGUUUUAUCAGGGAUAAAACUUGACAUCUUGUUCCUUCUGUCCCCCACUUUGCUGUUUUUGUUACUCUGCAUCCCAGACUUUUAAUCUUCCUUAUAUUUUUAGUGAGUUUUUACCUCAGACAUUUAUUGUUUGUAUUGAUCCCCUCUUUGAUUCAGAAAACUAUAAACUACAUGUCAGUAUCUUGGACAAAUUGAACAGCUAAUACGGAUUUUAUAAAAAUGUUCUACGUAGCAGGAAUUAAUAAUAUAAGAUAAAGUUUGAAACAUUUCAGUCAGCGGUGUGUCUAAAGUUUAUCUUUCUUCCACACAUUAAGAUUAAAUAUUAUUUCUAUCAUUGCAUAGAACUGUGUAAAUAUGGCAAACGGUAUUUGUACAUAAGUUCUUCAGUCGAACUAGUUACCGUAUUUGUGUAUUAGUCAUAUUUGCUGAGUCAUACCUCAGCUGAGCCCUUUGACAGUAUGAAUUUUAUUACUAGAGUUUAGCCUAAAGUGGCAUAUAAAAAAAGAUACAGUAUGUAAUUUAUUAGAAGUAUGUAAAGGAUAGGCUUAAAUAUUAAAAUAUUUACCUCUACACAGCAAAUUUAGGGCUUCAUAUUUCUUAGUUUUGGAUUUGAAGGCUAACAGUGUCCUUUUUUUUUAACCAAAAUAUGAGUUUGGAGACUUAGCUUAUGUAUCCAUUUCACCUGCUUAACAUCUGUGUAGCUUGUUCUCGUUUCUCCAUAUCAAUUCUUCUUUUAGCACUUCACUUCUGUCGUUUCAGAGGAAUGUUACAGUCCCCAUUAUCACAGCCUCCAGUUUCGCAUGAUGAAGCCAGAUUUGGCUCUUUAGUUUAUCAAAAUGUGCUGUUUUCCACCACAACACCAACUGACAAUGUACUUUAAUCAUAUUGCAUUUAUAAAAACACAGUACUAUUAAUGUUUAUUGAAUGUUGGGGGGCACCAGUCUGCCCUGUAUUUAUGAUCUUUUUGUUAUGUUGUUUGUAUAUCGAUGUAAAAGAGAAUAUUAUUUGUCAGAAUUUAAGGUUCUUUUUAUUAUUUAUGGAAAGCUUACCGUUUCAAAAACCAAACGCACCGUCAAUAAUCUCAAAUAUCAGUCAAGCCGUGGUGACUGCAGUUACAGCUUGUGUAUCAGAGCCAACAAUAUUAUUAAGGUGUUGCGGACAACCUUAUAAUUUUAAUCAGUUUUAUAAAUUCUGAGCGUUUUGGAGGUGUUCCAGUUCAUUUUUUCUCUUUAGUUAAAAGCAAUUCUUGAACAACCCCGAGGUACUGCCCUCCAAAAGUAUCCUAUUUUUUUAUAAUUUCAUUAAAAUACAUUAAAGCAAAAUAUGUAUUACAACUACGCCAGCAUUUUGUAUUGACAUACAGACCACUAAACAGUAGAUCCCUUGUUCUGAAGUGUACUACAAACAAAAUGUUUUUAUUUGAACUAUUUUGGGAGUCAAAUUACCUUGUGACAUACAAGCUAUAUCCACAGUUGCUCUGGCUAAUGUCAACCAAACAUCAGUGUCUUCACAGUCUCCUUUGCAAUAGCUCGUUUUCAUGUAGUGCUUUUUUUUCCUCUAAUGUAUUAUUUUAUUCUUUUGUGUGUUAAAUCAAAAUUUGAUGUUAUUCUGUGAUUCUUGUAAUAUUGAUUGUUUUUUGAGUAAUGCUAGAACUAUAUUUGUCAUUCUUUUGAAUAAUUUAGCAGGGCACAUGUUUGUGGGAAAGAGUGUACGUUUACUCACUGGAUGCUGAAGGGCAAUGCUGAAGCCUCAUUCUUUGUAGUUUUAUGACAACUGCACACGUUAGGUAGGAUAUUUAUCUUUUUCCAUAUCCAAAUGUCAGUUUGGUCAUUGGUUAUGCUUUCUUUGCCUGAGAUGUGUUCGUAUCUUUUUACUAUGUGCUUUAUGACAUGUACCAAGACAGCACGUCACGCCACCUGUAAAUAUCACCAUAAGAAAAUAAAGGCUACUAUUUUUCAAACCUGUAA